AAAUCUCUAACUGUGUUAUUGUUGUAUGUUUUAAUAAAGUAUAACACUACAGAGUGCUAUUUUUCUUAUUUUAAAAACAGACGAUGGGGUGCUUUUGUUGUUGUCGUUCUUGUUGUUUGUGGGGCUGGAAGGUAUUCAUUACAUUUAUAUUAAUUUCAGUGAGGAAAAGUGAGAUGAGAUAGUCGUGAUUUUAUUUGAGUCGUUAUGUCCUUUCCCGAAACAAAUCCCGUCCAGGCUUUUCCGCCGCGAUCCUCCGCCACACUAGGGAGCAGCAUUUAGUCCAAUCCGCCGGUUUGAACUGACAAGCAGAACAAGCCGUUUGUCCCACCGGCGUUUUGUGAGUGGCAGAAGGUCGUCUGGAGCUGACUAGAAUUUGGCACCAAACGAGCGAAAUAAAUAGAGCCGACAAUUCCGCCGUAGUCGAUGACCAGGGACGAUGUGAGAGUGCGAGUGAUGUUUUGGCUUUAUGUCGCGCUACUUCGGACUAUUACGAUACCUCACUAGCUGGCUAAUGUUAGCUCGCACAUAGCUAGCAUCACUUGGACUCGUUACGUCGCCAGCUAGUCAUCGAAUGCUUCAUUUGGCGAGCGACACGUCUUACCUCUACGUGUUUGAAAAGCGGGCCCUAGCCCCCGUCUUUUUUUCCGGCCUACUUAGUGUGCUCCACACAGGUGUUGUCAUUUUGACACCGGGUGGCUGUUUUGAUGGCAGCCGCGACCACCGCCCGGAGGUUGCCCAUGGGUGUGCGGACUUUUAGCGACUAUCUCCAGGUUGCCGUCGUGGGCUCUCCUCGGUCUUGCCGCCCAGCGGUGCCCCGAAUGUGCACGCGACAAAAUAUCAGACAUUUGUCCUCAUGUGGCAUUUUGAUGACCAGAUCUCCCAAAGUGCUGUGCCUUCACGACUGGGACGCCAUGGCGAGUGUUCCCCAGAGCAGGAACUUCAUCAGCCUCACCAACAAGAGGAAGGAGUACUCGGAACGCAGGAUACUCGGGUACUCCAUGCUGGAGAUGUACGAAGUGGUGGCCAAUGUCGAUGACUACAAGCUGUUCGUUCCGUGGUGCAAGAAGUCUCAGACCGUGGCCAAGCGGGCGGGCCACUGCAAGGCCCAGCUGGAGGUGGGCUUCCCGCCCGUCGUCGAGCGCUACACGUCCAUGAUCAGCUGUGUGCGGCCUCACCUGGUCAAAGCCGUGUGCACGGACGGAAAGCUGUUCAACCACCUGGAGACUAUUUGGCGUUUCAGUCCCGGCAUUCCCGGCUACCCUCGCACCUGCACUGUUGACUUUUCCAUAUCCUUUGAGUUCCGUUCCCUGCUACACUCGCAGCUGGCCACCGUGUUUUUCGACGAGGUGGUCAAGCAGAACGUGGCCGCCUUCGAGCGCCGCGCCUGCAAGCUCUACGGCCCAGAGACUCGUAUCCCGCGAGAGCUCAUGUUCCACGAGGUCCAUCAAACGUGAUGUCCGUCCGCAAAACGCCCACCCUGCAUGAAGCUGCUGCUUAAGUCUCCCCGCCCGCCUCCCCGUGCUCCCCCGUCUACCUUUCCUGAGGGACGUAGUCCAGCGAGUUCAUGUGCAAAACUAUGUAUCAAAUACACCAUCAAAGAAUAGGUUUUUAUUUUUAUAGUUUUUUUCCCUUUUUUCUCUCUCAACUCAUUCACUCCCAAAGACGUUUUUAAACGUCUUUUCAGACUUGGUCCAGAAUUGGCUGGUACUGAAUGAGUUAAAGGCAACCAAUCCUGAAUGGGAUUUUGAAGGGGAGCAAGUCCAAUGUUUCACCGUGACUUUGAAAAACCAACCCCACAUGCUUCACUUUUAAAUCUUUUGACACACUACUCACAAAAAGUUUGGAAUAUUAGCUGAAAUUCCAGGAAGAACCUGAAAUGCUCCAAAAUGAACUUGGUUCAUUCAACCUUUUCAUAACUUUUAAAUUUACUUAUCCAAUGCUUUAGUCAUUCAGUCAUUUUUUUCUACAACUGGCUGUUUUGAACAGCAAGCAAAAUUCAUAUUUCCAUAUUUAUUUUUAUUUCCAGGGACAGCCACUUAUAUAUGCCUUUUGGCGAUUCUUCCAGUCUCCGUUUUGUGACUUCCCGAUGUCACCGUCGACACUCAGUUUAGCUUUUACGAUUUUUUUCGUACAUUUUAGAUUCAUGCUGAAAAAUUCCCCCAAUGUCUCAAACUUUUCUGAGUAGUCUGUGUGAUUUGCUGCAUUAUAUUGAGCUUGGUGCUAAACACUUACAUUAAUUUAUGACUUAGGUAUUUUUUAUUUUUUGAUGGAGGCAGCGCAUAUAAUGUGCCAUGUUUGGGACAAUAAGAGAGUGUAAACAGGUUUUAUUAAAGGGUUCCACCUUUAGAGGUUUUCUUUCCGCACUUUGAACUUGCCGGCUGUCAUGUGUGAGAUUUGCAUGCGUGUGCACAGAUUUGGUAGCCCAGCAGUGUUACUUCCACCACAUGCUUUGAGUCUGGUCGCCAGUGCUUUAGCUUUUUUUUUUUCUUCUUUUAAUCAUCUCAGGAAGAUUCACGCCAUAAAUUAUUCAUUCAAGGGUGAUGUGAGAUUACAUCUUAGUUCAUUAUCAUAGCAUGCAUUUAUUCUUGUGGGACCUAAAAAAAAUCAUUGAAAAUAAACUACCGGUAAUAGGCGAAAUUGGAGAAAAACAAUCUGAACAAGCGGAAUCAGCAGUUGAGAGGCUUGAAUGUGAAUGUGUCACAAUGCUUCAUUAUUUUCCCCAUAUGAGUUCCUUCAUGUAAAGAUUAGAAAAGCAAUGAAAGAUGUAAACGCCUACUUGAGGUGAAAGAGUGAACCGCAGUCCACUAUUUAUGUACACUUGUAUUUACAGUGUACAAGUCCAAUUAUUUCAGAUUUCCAAUGUUAUGUGGCACAUCAAUGCAUGACAAGCACAUACUGUUGGGCUAUGAAAUAAAUCAUGUUUUUCUUAUUUCUGCACAUCUAUGCAUUAGGUGUAAGUUGUGUGUGUGCUGCUCACACAUUGAUUGUAAGACGUACAAAGAUUUAACUGAAUAUUGUUACCAAGGGUCUAUGAAUUCUAUUUUUGGUUUACCUCACCUUCUUGGCCCGUGCAAGAAAAACAACCUAUUGUUAUAAUUUGGAAGUGCUGGAGUUGAAGACUUAGUGUUGCUUUGCUGCACUGAUGAUUUAAUAUUGUCAAGCUUUUUUUUUUUUAAUCUGCAGGGAAAACACUUGCAAGGCAGGAAAACAUUUGAAGUAAUUGUACAUUAAUGUGUUGUCCUUAUGUUGUACAAAGGCCGAAGUGUACCUCUGGAGGUGUUACUGUAUAUAUAAAUAAAAGUUCCUUAUUUUCAGUG